AGCACAAUACACACAAAUCUCAAACAAGACUUCAAGAAAAGCCAUUAGAAGCCCAACACAAUAUACACAAAUCUCAAACAAGACUUCAACAAAAGCUAUAGCCUCUCUCUCUCUCUCUCUCUCAACCAUGGAAAAGGAUAGUGAGUUUUGUUCAGACUGCAAGGCAUACACAGAGGUUGUGCUCGACCACCGGUCCGGUGACACAAUCUGCACGGAAUGCGGCCUGGUUCUUGAAGAACGCGCUCGCUCCGACCCUUUAACGGACAAUGGUGUUCUUACCGUUAACAUUUCCAACGACAACAAGAAGGCUGUUUCUUGCGUUCUUCCUCGGCUCCACAAGACUCUCCAAAACCCAGACAAGUCUCUCCACAUUGCUUUUGAGUCCCUUGGUGUGAUGGCCGACCAGCUAGCACUCGUUGCCACGAUACGAGACCAUGCCAAAGAGCUGUACAAGAAGGUCGACAAUCGCAAGUUUUGUAGGGGAAGAAACUGUGAUGCUAUAAUGGCUGCAUGCCUCUUUCUUGCUUGCCAAGAAAAGGGUUUUCCCCGAACUCUAAAGGAAAUCGCGACGGUUGCCAAUGGUGCCUCAAGAAAAGAAAUCAACAGAAUGAAAGAGCUCUUGAAGAAAAUACUAGAGGUUGAUUCGAAGACUACAAAUGUCGGGGAUCUUUCACGGCGGUGCUGCUCCAGGAUUGGUAUGGCGAAUCAAGAUAUGAAGGCUGUGUUGGAGACUCUCAACAAGUCGGAAGAGGUUGAUGUAAGGAGAAGCCCUCAGUCAGCUUUGGCAGCGGUUAUGUACAUGAUAGCUCAGCUCUCCAAUGACAAGUCAACUCGAGAUUUAACUCUUCAAGAGGUCUCACAAGCAGCUGAUGUUGCGGUAGCGACAACUGAGAAGGCAUACAAAGAUCUCUAUCCCUAUGCUUCAAGGAUAAUACCCAACUGGUUUGUCAAGUUGGAGGACCUCAAGAAACUUUGCGUCCCUUGAAGGUGUUAAAGCCAAACGAUAUAACAUUGAAGCUAGCCGUUGACAUUGAUAAGAGUUUCCUAAUUGAAUUGUAACAAGUAGUUUUUACCGAUACGAGUCUAGGGGGAUUGGAGGUGCUCUAUGAGGGGCAAAGGUUCCCUUUCCUGCUUUGCAGUUGAGAGAGUAGGCUACUUGGUUAGUCCGACGACCGAACCCUUAUGUUAUGUGUAGAGAUUGCUCCCUAAUCCUCUAGACCAUAAUCUGAUUUUUGUACUUGUUUACUUUCUCCUAUCAAUAAAUUAUUAUAGGUUACUAAAAUA